UGAACGAAAUUGAGGAUCUUGCUACAAAAACUUUGAAGAAAAAGGAUUAUUUAGCAAAAGAUACAAAUUCAAACCCGGAGCUCUACUGCUUCCGCGUCCGCAGUCAUCCCUGCAUUUACCUAGUAUGCCUCCGCACGUUUUCCUUUCGUACUGUCAGGAUAGCAGGGCGUGCGCAAGCAAGGCGCAGUCUGCAGCUCAGAUACAGGACCAGUUCUAGUCCGGGCGAAUCCGGGAAAUGCCUACCACGAAACCGGUGGCUCCGUAACCGUUUCCAUCGCCACACACAACGUCCACAUCCAACACCAAUAAUUAAGUGAUGCGUUAGUUAGAUGAAAUAUGUGAUGGUAAUAAAGACCGAGAAAUCAUCGCUCGAUAGUUUAGGCCUCUAUUAAUAGAGAGAGAGGGAGAGAUGGACCGGAAUAAAUUCGAAUACAGCAGAUGAUAGAAUAGUUGGUGCGGUUGCAAGAGAAUGCUAACAUGUGUCUUCCACGAGUCCACGACGAAUAAAGGAAGACAUGGCAACGCCGUCAGACAGCCCUAUCGAGGAGGUCGUUUUCGAGAUAGAGCCGUCCAGGGUGCCCAAGCCCGUGCCGGUUGCCCUAGAGGACCUCUGCAGGCUCACCAAAUUCACACGACAGGAAAUUAGAAUCAUGUAUCGAGGAUUUAAAACGGAAUGUCCAGAGGGUGUUGUCCAUGAAGAUAGCUUUAAAGAAAUUUAUUCGAAAUUUUUUCCACAUGGAAAUGCGACUCUGUAUGCACACUACGUGUUCAAAGCCUUCGAUGUCAACUGCAACGGAGCAAUUAGUUUCAGGGACCUGCUGAUAACCUUAUCGACGUUGCUCCGCGGUUCAGUGUACGAACGCCUCCGAUGGACCUUCAAACUGUAUGACGUGAACGGUGACGGCUGCAUCAGCCGCGGCGAACUGUCCGAAAUCGUGGUGGCGGUGCACGAACUAAUGGGGCGGCGCGCCCACCAAGUGGAGGACGACCGCAAGGCCCGAGAGCAAAUCGACCGAGUCUUCCGGAAGCUGGACCUCAAUCAGGACGGCGUCAUCACCAUCGAGGAGUUCAUGGAAUCGUGCCUCAAAGACGAUGUGAUCACUAGGUCUCUGCAGAUGUUCGACUUGUGAUGACCGAACGGGGAAAAGUGACUUUGUGACGGUUUCACAGCUUUGCUGGGACACGCGCGGCCUUUCUGCGGUUGCUCGGACGGGAACACGACGCCGCAGUCUUAGCAUCGUCCAUCCGUAACACUUCAACAACAUACGUUCUUUUCGGGCCCAACUCCAUCUGCAAAAAGCCAAACUUUCAGCACCAAAAAAACUUUUUUCACAGCAGAGGAUGCUGACCUUAAAAACAUAUUUCGAUCCUGAAAGCAGUAAAAUCUUUUCGACUAAAAGUAAGCCUUCUGGAAACCUCUUUAAAAAAGUCACACAAAGUUGAGCAAGUUUUUUAUUGCUACGAAACUGAAGAGUUUCUAAUACAUGUUUUUAACUUAAAUUUUUAACUGGUCUUAAAUUCCGAGUUAAAGUUUACAAACAAAUUGAAAAAAAAAACUGAGAGUCAACAAAUCGGUAUACAAUUUUGACUGCAAAUUUGAACAAUUAGAAAAUUUCAAUUCCGCCAUAUUAGUUUUUUUUUAUUAACCUUUCUGUAAGUGUGCAUUUUUCAAGAUUGUCUUCAAACUUUUCGGAAAAGAACUUGGGUUUUAACAGUUGAUUGUUAAGAUUUUUGCAUUUGGAGUGGUGGCAAAAAGCACGCAACUUUACGAGUUCCAUUUUUGUAACGACUGAAUGUCGAAACAGUCUUAUGCUUGACCAUCGGCUGAUUAGUUAGUUAGCUUUGUAUGUUUUUUAAAGAACUUUACUCUUACUGUAAUAUUUUGAAAGGUUAACCUGGAGACAAUUCCUGCAUAUAUUUUGAAAACCUUACUUAUGAUUUGUCAAUUAGAAGCUAAUAUUACGAAUAAAAAUUGAGAUUAUUAUGUAGCAAUUAUUCCAGGCUGAAACCUAAAUUGAAUGUGACUGUAAUUAGGUAAAUAACGAGCCUAUGAUUAAAAUAAUUUCAAUCUGAAAUUAUUUUGAUCGUGUAAUACCCCAAUCAACAGACUAGACUGGGUCUGUCGCCUAAUUUAAUGUGCUAAGAGAAUAAAAUCAUGGCUCUACAUGCACAGGUGUCUGAAUUCUCUUCCUGAAUUUAUUUAUAUUCUGAAGUGCCUCUUUGCCGUUUCCUUAUAAAUUAUUAAUCUGUAAGAAGUAAACGUAAAUUUUAACAUAAUUUACUCUCAAACAACAAAUAUUUUUGAUACAAAAACGUCACAUUAUUAUUGGCAUUUGAAAAAUAGUACAAAAAUUUGCAAUUAUUUUUGUGUAUCGACAUACACGAACCAUAAAAUUGUAACAAAGUUUUACAUUUGUUAUUAACUGAAUAUUAAAAAAUCUGGAAGUACUUCAGAAUGAUAUUCGAUUUUUCCCGUAGUUCAGUAAUGUAGCACAAGCUCAAAAUAUUAAUUUUUGAACUUGUGCACCAACAAGUUGUAAAUUUAUUCGUACUUACAUCAGUUUAGCUUAAGAUCCUUGUUCUUCCUUAAGUGGUUAAAGUGAAUAGAACUUCAUCGAAUUACUGUUUAAAAAAUAGAAACUGUUGGACUAAAAUUUCGUUUUGAUCGUUGUAGAUAUUAGAAAAUAAGUUCGGCUUUUAUUUAGUUUAGUUAAACAAAUAUCUAGAAAAUGUUAAUCAAAAUAUACGAUUAUAUAUGAUAUAGUGAUAUAUAUCGUAAAGUAGAUGUAUUAAAAAUCAAUUUUUUUCUGUUAUCUGUUUCUUUAGUUUAUUUCAAACAGUCAGCAAAAGAACAAUGUCUGUAAAUUACUAAAUAUGCAAUACAUCACAUGCAUAUCGAUUACUACAAUCACAAGAGCCAACCAUCACAUAAUUUGCCAAUAAAAUGAGCUUUUUAAAUGAUACGAUUAAAUGUGGUACCUACUUAUUAAUAGACUUAAGGUUUCUUAAUCUGUAUAAUUGAUUUUUUACUAUUCUUUGUAUAAUACGAUGGCCAAAAAUGGCAUCUUUCAUAAACAUCUUAAAUGUGGAAAAUUUUAAUUAAAAAUGAUGAUAGAAUAUAACAAAUUUCAUACGUGCUGUACUAUAAAUGUAUUACUUAAUUAAAUUAUAUUUUAUAUUCAGGGCACAAUUAAUUACAUUAUUACUAUUUUUACAUCACACAUGUCCCAUAAUAUAGCGUAUUUCACAACUUUUGCCGAAAAUGUUAACUACAUAUAAAAAAACACCAGGAAUAUUACCAGAGCCUAAUUUAUUAUUGUUAGUUUAAUAACGAUUUAAUGUUAAACUUAUCUAAAAAAUGCAAUUGUGAAACACCCUAUAUGCCUAAAUAAAAAAUAAAAACGCUCAUCUGAUGCAAUUAAUGGAUUCAUAUGUUUUUCCAGCAGUCAGCAAUAUUCGCGCAGUACACAUAAUUUUGACUGACUAAGAACAAAACUAUAUUAUUAUUGUUAUAAAAUUUAAUUAAUAAAUUGUUAUAC